GUACAACUUGCUUCCUCUCUUCUACGAAAAUGAUGACGUCAGCAGGAACGUCACGUACAAUACGCAGCUCAAGCACUUCAAGCAGGCGUACCGCGAGCAGGAGAUUGUAUCCAGCAAGCUUACUCAUGCGCCGCGCGGCGCAUCAGUGCGGCAUGCUGAGAAUAACGGCGGCAAAGAAGUUGAGAGUGCUCGGCUCGGCCGUUGGAUCUACGACCACUUUCGGACUUCGUACCUGCAUCAGCUUCCAGUUGGGAUCAUGCUAGUUCAGGCGGGGUUCAAGGACGAUCGCAAGGGGUACUUCCUGCCACGUGGUCGGGUGCUCCCCUCCGAGGACGAGUACCCAGGGCUUGCGAACCAGAUCUUUCCAUGGCCGACGAGGAACUGCGGAAGGAAUCUGACGGGACCAGCCGGCCAGUGCGACAUCGCUGCGCAGAAGUUGCUGGAGCUGCUCAUUGCGCUGCGGGCGGUGCUGCUGCAAGACGUGGCACUCCUUCAACGGAUGGGCAAGUACGAGAACCAUCCCAUCAGUUACCACCACUUCUUCGACGGAGAGGAAUGGGAAAAGUUUUGCGGCGCUGUGGCAGAGGUGUGCAACAAGCCUGCUCCUCCUCCGGAGCUCGCGAACAUUCCCCCUGAGUUGGUUGCCGUUUUGCAAGACCAACAGGUCCAGCUCGCGCGUAUCGAGCGAGAGAGCCAAGCCUCGAGGGAGCGCGAGCAAGCCCUGCAGAGCCAGAUGUCCGCCGUGCUGCACGUGCUCGAGCGGCUUGUGUCAGCGUUUCCUGGGGUUGACAGCCAGGCACCGACACGUGCCCGGUCGGCCAAGGCCGCUGCCCAAUCGCCAGCAGCCCCGGAGCCACGGCGGACCGCCAUAGGGUUUUUUGCCCGCCCUCCGUCGGCGCCUGUCGCGGCCGCUGCGGAAGCUGCUCUUCGAGCUGUUGCUGAGGCCGCACGAGCGGCAGCAACACAAGCCGACAUUGAACAGGCCACUGCUUCGGAUCCGAAUGAGAGCGGUCAGGCGAGCGACGAGGGGCGCGAAGCGGCGGGUGUCGACUCGGUUGUCCGUCCUUCCUCCGCUCCUGUUGCGGCCGCGGCUGAGGCGGUCCUCAGAGCCGCUGCCGAAGCAGCUAAGGCUGCUGCCGCGCAAGCGGCAGCUGACGCGGCCGCCACCCAAGAUCCGGACGCGCUAAGCGGCCAGGACGAGAACGAGGCACGUGCCCCUCGGACAACCGCCCAGGAGACCGUUCAGCCUGAGACAGGUUUGCGUGAAGGGCUCGAGUCUGGGGCUUUCGAGCCGGCAAACGGCAGUCAGAACGUGACGAGCUUUCUGGAAGGUGAAAUGGAAACGGAAGAAGCGACCGGGGAGGGCUGCCGGCAGCCUCAGUCGGAGGAGGAAGGGGCGAAAGAAAGUGAAAACCGUUCGGAGGGCGAUAAAACAGGAGAAGUGGAGAGUGAGGCAGGCGGGGAGAGUGGGACAACUUCGCAACCUUGUUCGGAAGGAAACAACGGAAAAGACGACGGGGAGGAAGCGGGUACUUUUAGAAGCUGUCCGACAGCAAGUCAAGGCGAUGUCGCCGUCGGGGUUGUCGGGGUUAGCCCAAGUGGCUCGAGGAGUGGCGGUUUAGGGGCAGCCGAUGAGGGGAUAAUGGAAGAUGCUUCGGUGGUCCCCGAGUGGGCUUUGAGUUAUAUGAUUGGGAGACACUACACCUCGGUUGCAGAAAUUUGGCAAGAAUGGGCAUACGGACAAAAAGGGUACCCCUUGUCUUUGAGACGUAUGGAGGAGCUGUGGGGUACUCGCUGGAGAAGAGGGCGGGAAAACGAAAGCAAACGUCUCUCAAAAUUCCGGAAGAUUACAAGUCUGGUCGAAAUUGUGUUGAGGCAGGGCAAUGUAGGCGAGGCGGCAGCAGUACAGGCCGUUGAGAAUAGCAUGAUUGCAUGUGGCAUAGAUCCGGCGCAGCCAUGGGAAUAUUGUGAGUUGCUUCGAGAGUCAAAAGCUGGCAAUUCUGAUGAACAAGACGAACCGGCCAGGCAAAAAGGAAAGCGGAAAAGAACAGGUCAGUCGGAGUCAAAUAGGAAACGCAAGAAGUCCAUCGCCUAA